AUGGCUUCUAAUCCUUGGUGGCCCUCGUCUUCGGAUGACGAAGAGGAGAUGUUUUUCGCAAACGCUGUUCUACGGGCGGGACAGAUUUUAAUCGAAGAGGAAGAGGAAGACGAAGAGGAAGAGGAAGAAAUUGGUGAAAAUGUUAUUACCACACGAAUACGCAUUAACAGAGACCGCCAAGGAGCGCACGAGAAAUUGGUGAACGAUUAUUUUUCGGAUGAGCCACUUUACAACGCCGACAUUUUUAGACGCAGGUUCCGAAUGAGUCGCCGCUUAUUCACAAGGAUUGCCAAUGAUUUGGCGGGGCUAGACCCGUUUUUCACGCAACGUCCGGAUGCUCGAAAUUAUGAAGGGUUUACAACGUUACAAAAGUGUACUGCGGCCAUUCGACAACUGGCGUACGGGACAGUGGCCGACGCUUUGGACGAGUACUUACAGAUGUCGGCAAGAACUACGCGGGAAUGUUUGUAUCGGUUUUGCCAUAAUGUGGUGAAACUGUAUAGCAAAAAAUAUUUGCGGAAACCAAACGCGUAUGAUGUUCAACAGUUGUACCAAGCGCAUGAAGCAAGGCACGGAUUUCCGGGAAUGCUUGGUAGCAUUGAUUGUAUGCAUUGGGGGUGGCAUAAUUGCCCGACUGCGUGGCGCGGCCAAUAUACGCGAGGUGAUCACGGCUAUCCAACUGUGAUACUUGAAGCUGUGGCAUCACAAGAUUUGUGGAUAUGGCAUUCUUUCUUUGGUCUCCCUGGUUCACUUAACGACCUUAACGUGUUAUACCAAUCGGCCAUCUUUACCGAUGUCGUUAAUGGAACGGGACCGGACACAAGUUUUACAGUUUCUGGGGUUGAGUAUAGACGUGGGUAUUAUCUUGCUGACGGGAUAUAUCCGUCUUGGUCUACAAUUGUGAAGACUAUUCCGUAUCCCGAGGAUGAAAAACGGAAAAAAUUUGCCAAGCGUCAAGAAGCUGCAAGAAAAGACAUCGAACGCGCUUUUGACGAAGGUCGGGCGAUUUGUGAGUAUGAUGAGAAUGCAUCUUGGGGGAACACUGUCCCGGUUGAUCCCCCACAACAGGAUUUAAACUCGUUCUCGCUAACAAACGACUUCACGCAUGCAAACCUUCAACAAGAUUUGGUAGAACAUAUUUGGAACAACGUUAACAUUGUGGAGGGUGACGGAGCCGAAGACGAAGACGAAGACGAGUGA